UAUCGUUCGCUUUAACAUGUCUACAUAGUAUUUCCCUGGAGAUUGAUCUCCGUUACUCUUACGGGAAGGUGCGCGAAUAGAACGCUAGAUCACGUCGUCAACCAUUGACUAAAACCCCUUGUCUAGACACGGAAGCAGAAGGGAUCGACGUUGGUUAGUUCUGUCAAGGGGAACAUAGCCGUGCUGCCGGGUGCGCCGGUUACAUUGCCAAUUCCAUGGCACCGACAGUAAGGCUUAACGAUGUUGGGUCCAUCGGACUGUACAUAUGUCGAUAGUAUGCUUCGAUUAUAAGCUUGGGCGGCCCGCACAUUAUCUCAACUCUCAACUCACAAUAUUAACCCAGAAUUCUGUCACGGCAUAAAUAUUCUACAUUAGGUCAUUCAUUACUUUUCAACCAUCACCGUCCCAUCUGUCUAGUCGCUCAAUUCUUUCAACAAGCUCUAUCAAAAAUGCGUGUAUCAGCAAUCUUCUUCGCCGGCCUCGCCACCAUUACAUUGGCGGCCCCUGUUGAGGUUAUGUCUGAGUUAGCUGAGCGCCAAUACAGACCUACAUACAAGGUCCAUGCAGCACUUGAAGGGAAGGAGAGCGAGGUAGAGAAGCGCCAAUAUGAACCUAUCGAGAAAGAGAUCAAGGAGAUCGCCGUGUAGGAGUGCCCACAUCGGCCCUUCCAUACGGUCUGCAAAUCGCCCGAUGGCCAGGACAUCAAGCAAAUGAGAAGAGAAAGAGGUUGAUAUGAGAUUUAUUAUAGCUCAAUAUGACAAGCAAGGUGCGGAGGAGCACAACUUUUGAGAUAUCAGUAUGAUAUAUGUUAACUCAUACAUGCUUUGUUACUUUAAUGCGAAGGUCUAGUUCAAAAGUUUCGCACAUCCAUGGAUCUUCUCAUGGGCCGAAACCGUAUAAAUUGGAACAUGAUCGCACCGUGUCGCGCCUGUCUUUAGUGACUGAGCUCCCUGAGCUAUAGUGGCUCUCCACUGAAAGCUAGCGGACAAAU